UCACAUAAUUUCAACAUCCCCCUUCUAUCAACCCAACUAAUUAAUUAGAAAGAAUGGCAACCGUUACACAAGGAUCAGUCGCCGCUCUCCGGCCAUGCGCCUCACGGUCUGCCUUUCUUUCGGGAUCACUAGGAAAGUUAACCCGUACGUUGGCUAUUAAACCAACUACCUCUUCUUCUAGUACCACAUUCAAAGUUGAAGCCAAGAAAGGUGAAUGGCUACCUGGUCUAGCUUCUCCUGGUUACCUUGAUGGAAGUCUUGCAGGGGAUAAUGGGUUUGAUCCAUUGGGGUUGGCAGAGGACCCUGAGAGCUUAAAGUGGUUUGUACAAGCUGAGCUUGUGAAUGGUCGGUGGGCAAUGUUGGGUGUUGCCGGUAUGCUAUUGCCAGAGGUUUUGACAAGCACCGGCCUAAUCAAUGUCCCCAAGUGGUACGAUGCUGGAAAGUCGGAAUACUUUGCAUCAUCGUCCACUUUGUUGGUGAUCGAGUUCAUCUUGUUUCACUAUGUAGAGAUCAGAAGGUGGCAAGAUAUCAAGAAUCCAGGAAGUGUUAAUCAAGAUCCUAUUUUUAAAAGUUACAGUUUGCCUCCUAAUGAAGUUGGGUACCCUGGCGGUAUCUUUAACCCCCUCAAUUUUGCACCAACUGCUCAGGCUAAAGAAAAGGAAAUUGCCAAUGGGAGACUAGCAAUGUUGGCGUUUUUGGGGUUCAUUGUUCAGCACAAUGUGACUGGAAAAGGACCUUUUGACAACCUAUUGCAGCAUUUGUCUGACCCAUGGCACAACACCAUUGUCCAAACGUUUUCCGGCAACUAACAAUGUUGUGGCAACAAGGUGAUCGAAAGAGGCAAAAAUGAAGAAUCUUGUUCUGUUUUUUAUGAAUGUACAGGGGACAAUGAAAUGGAUAACCAUCAUUUACUUUAGCUUUAUCAAUUGGCACCAUUUUGUUAAGUUGAUUUCAUGAACCUACUUAUAAGAAGAUUAUCUACUAAAUUAUGUCGAA